CUGGCCGACUGACGCCUGUUCUCUUGAUGGCAGCGUCAGUCGACCGCGGACGGCGGCGCCGGCGACGGCGCGGCUGAGAGCCGAUACACAAUGCAGGACAAUAUCACUCCGGCUAUGCGCGCCGUUCUCCUGAAACGGCUGACUCGCUCGCCAGAAAAGGGUGACGCGCGCGCCAAGAAGCGCAGCUGCAGCAGCAGCCGCGGCCGGAAGGAGAGCAGCGCUGCGGCGCCGGUCACACCGGCCAUGGCGGACGUGAUGCGAACACGACGGAGCCGGCAGCGGGGCCGGCGCCGCCGCUCGCCGGACGGCACCGACGACGAGCUCAGCUUCCACGCGCCGCCCGUAGAGUCGGCCGCGGCCAUGCGUUGGCGGAGCCCGCCGCUGCCCUGCCCCAAGCCGCGGUCAGCCAUCCGCAGCGAGCCGCCGGCCGCGGGGCGCCGCCUGCGCAGCGGGCUCCAGUACAGCUCUCGACCGGCCUGACGCCUGACGGCAGUGUAGCCCGCUUCAGCCGGGCUCGCAAGAAACCGUGCCGCGCACCGCUGCUGUACCGGCCGUGGCCGGCCAGACGGAGAACGCCGUCCCGGAGAAAUCUGGCGCACCUCGGACGGCUGAAGACCGCCGUCUCAGCGGACUACGGCAGAGCUGACUGGGAGCGCUCGUGCGGGCGCAUUGCAAUGUGGCUGUUGUCACAACGACGCGAGUGAGACCGUCAGAGCUCAGUGUAUCGCUCAUUGCACAUGAGGAGAUAUCCCGGCUAUGUCAUAGGAGAGCUUCGGCGUGACUGACGGAGAAGUGCCGGCCGGGUGGCGCGAGGGAAGUGCUCGGGGCGAAGG